AUGGAUUACUCUGGUAAUGUGCGCGUUGAUGCCAACGAACCCAACGGUUAUUCGCAGUUUUACCCGGGAAACGCUGCGACCAGCCAGGCAAGCUUCUACGUUCCUUCGGCGGAAUAUGUGAAUCAAGCAUCUCAUGGAGGACGUCGUUAUGUAGAACAGUCUGGUUAUCCAAAUUACAACUUCAUACCCGACCCAGCUGUAACUGGCCUGGCAAUGCAGUAUGGUUCUGCCGUUGUGGGACAAGGAGCAGAUUUCGUCCAGAGAAACGUAACUAUUGUCAUUGGUCUAAGGGUUAACAGUUACUUGGCUUCCUCGCGAAUAAAGUACUACUUCGCGGUCAACAAUUCCUAUGUCGCGAAAAAGCUCGGACUGUUGUUGUUUCCUUUUGCUCACACGAAAUGGUCAACCCAUUUUGAUCCCUCCGGACCAGUACCCCCUGGUGACGACUUGAACGCCCCCGACCUUUACAUUCCUCUGAUGGCUUUCAUUACCUAUGUUCUUGUGAGCGGAGCAAUCAUGGGCAUUCAGAGCCGAUUUUCCCCGGAACUGCUGGGCAUUCUGUCAAGCGAGGCUCUCGGGUGGCUUCUGUUGGAACUUUUGGUCUUCAUGCUCUGCAUAUACGUGUUCAAUAUACAAUCACACCUAUCGUAUCUGGAUAUCGUUGCGUUCUCGGGGUACAAGUUUGUCAGCAUGCUUGUCGUCCUUGCUGCCUAUGUAUCCCUCGAUCGACCGGGCUAUUACUUUGCCCUUGUCUACGUCAGUCUGGCGUUGGCUUUCUUUUUGAUCCGCACCCUCAAAUUGAAGUUACUACCUCACCCUGACGCCUAUCAGUCGGAAUCGAACAAACGCCGUGUCUACCUCCUCCUUGUGAUUGCCCUUAUUCAGCCGCUGCUUAUCUGGUGGCUCACGCGACGGGGCGAGAUGGCUCAGUUGUUGGAGCUCGAAUUUACUGGCCAAAAGAUCUGUGGUUCGAAACCGACCUCUGCUUCUCGACUUNAAUUUACUGGCCAAAAGAUCUGUGGUUCGAAACCGACCUCUGCUUCUCAACUUUCCCUCUCUGGGCUUGUGCAACGUGGCAGUAUCCCAGCCCUCGUGCUUCCUUCGGGUGGCAUGGCAGUUAGGCACCUGAAGCAUGCUACAGCCGAAUGA